AUGCCAAUGGAACAGGCCAAAAUUGUAAAAAAUAGUGGCCAAGCACAGGCCAAAAGCGGCGCUAAUGAAAAUACAGCUGCCGCGGCAGAGGGCAAGGACAUUGUGUGGUCAAUAGUUUUCCUGCUUGUUGCUCCUGAGUCUUCUAGUGCGGUCUCUCCCUCGCACAUGUUAUUUCGUACUAAUGGUGGGAGUGCUGUGUCUACAGCUGUUUCGACGCGAUCCUCACUUACUGCUAACAAAGUGUUUGUCACCAACUCGAAGUCAACAAUCGGCGCAGCAGCUGAAAGUGACGCUGCUGCGCAGUCAUCUGCCGUCGUUAUUGACGUCGACGUUUCGCCGCCUGUGAAUUGUGAUCAAACUGACGUUGUUAAUGCUGAACUUGAAUCUGCUGAUGCUGUUAAUGCUACUGGCGCGGAUGUGCCCGCCUCUCCUUCUCCUACCCCUUGGCGGACAGUGGAGAGCAAAAGAAGGAAGCAAAGUCGUAAGCCGGUGCGUGUGGUUGGAUCCAGUGACUGCAGUGAUCUAGGUGUUGCAACUCCAUUUAAGUGGUUGCAUUUGUCAUCUUUCUUGCCAAGCCAGUUUCUUGUGAUAACAUGUGUGGGGAACCACACUGGCAUUGAUAAGCGACGCAUUUCUUGCUACAAGCUCGUUAAAAAAGAGUCGAAUCUGGAAUCACUAACACACGUGAAUUUUUAG